CCUCCCCUCCUAGUUUCCUGCGCACCACACUCGAGUCGAGAGCCACCUGAUCCUUCUUCCUCUUCCUCCACACCGACACACGGCGUCGCCGUCGCCGUAGCCAUUGCUGCGCCGCGAUCGAGCGGGAGGGCGGAGGUGCGGAGAUGGGGCGCGGGCCCGUGCAGCUUCGGCGGAUCGAGAACAAGAUCAACCGGCAGGUGACCUUCUCCAAGCGCCGGAACGGGUUGCUGAAGAAGGCGAACGAGAUCUCCGUGCUCUGCGACGCUGAGGUUGCUCUCAUCGUCUUCUCCACCAAGGGAAAGCUCUACGAGUACUCCAGCCAUGCCAGUAUGGAAGGCAUUCUUGAGCGUUACCAGCGUUGCUCAUUUGAAGAAAGAGAAGUACUGGAUCCAAGUACUGAAGACCAGGCAAAUUGGGGAGAUGAAUAUGGCAGGUUAAAAUCCAAACUUGAUGCCCUUCAGAAGAGUCAAAGGCAACUGUUAGGAGAACAACUGGAUCCACUGACCAUAAAAGAACUCCAACAAUUGGAACAUCAACUGGACAGUUCUUUGAAGCAUAUAAGAUCAAGAAAGAAUCAGCUCAUGUUUGAUUCAAUUUCUGAGCUUCAGAAGAAGGAGAAAUCACUUACAGAUCAAAAUGGUGUCCUGCAAAAGCUCAUGGUGGCAGAGAAGGAGAAAAGCAAUGCUUUAAUGAUUACACACCUCUGGGAGCAGCCAAGUGGAGCAUCACCAAGCUCACCGUCACAGUCACCGGCAACGGUUCCAGAUUCUAUGCCAAUUCUAAAUAUUGGGCCAUGUCAACCUAGAGGAGCAGAUGAGGAAUCUGAACUGGAACCGUCUCCUGCUCAAGUAAACAGCGGCAAGCUGCCACCAUGGAUGCUCUGCACUGCCAGUAACAGAUGAGUUCUUCCAGUGCCGUUUGCGGUUCAACUCGACAGCAACACAACAUCAUCGACACACUUCGAUGACCCAGGCAUCCGCCGUUGCAAGAUCCAUCUCGAUCCAGUGAUCCAGUACCAACAUAAUCACUAAUAAGAUCAGGUCCCGUCAACGCAUUUACAAGGUGAAUGAAAUCUGGAGCUUUUGUUCACCGUUAUAUUGUGUUUCGUUCUUGCGUUUACUGGCACCCAUUUUUUUCUCCGACUAACGAGCUCGGUCUUGUGGUUGGAGAUUCUACCGCUUUGUGUUGUUUCCUCUGUGCUGUGUAUGCUUUAACGGAGCUGUGGUAUGUUUCCUUGGUCGUGACGUUUUUUGUGUUCAUCAUCUGCAAGAAAAUAGAAGGGCACUCUCUUCUCUUCUCUCCGAAA